GGUGAGAGAGAGAGUCCACCCCCUUCUCCCCUCCCCUACAACCUGACCCACCCUGGGAAGAAACACUAUUCAGAAUUUGGCCAAAGCAAUAUUCUCGAUGAGUUUAUUCUACAUGGACUGAGCAAUGGCGUGUACCUGGAGGCGGGGGCGGUGGACGGGGAGUAUCUGAGCAACACACUGUACCUGGAGAAGCACCUGGGCUGGUCCGGGGUGCUGGUGGAGCCGCUGCCUGCCACUUAUGACGCCCUGAGAAGGAAGCACAGGAAAAGUUAUACCUUGAACGCUGCCCUCUCAACCACCACCACCGCUCAGACUCUUCAUAUGAGAACUGAAGGGAAGAAAGGAGUCAUGAGCCACUUCCUACGAGAGGGAGAAGAAGAGGGAGAGGGAGAGGGAGAGGUGACAGUGCUCUCCCUGCCUCUCUACACCAUCCUGCUCUCCCUCAACUUGACUCAACUGGAUUUCCUCUCCCUGGAUUUGGAAGGAGCCGAGUUAAAGGUGCUGCGGACGGUGCCGUGGGAGAGGGUGCGGGUGAGAGUGCUGUGUGUGGAGUGCAACCGCGUGGGAGCGUCGCCUCUCACUCACUUCCUGCUCUCCCAAGGCUACUACCACAUUGGCAACUUUGGCAUCGACUGCUGGUACGGCUGGCCCUCUCUCCUCUCCCAGACCUUCCCCUAGUACUCUCCCAGGGGCUUGUUACUGUCCCAGCUUCACUUCUCUCCCUGUUCCUCGUAGAAUGUUUUGAUAUGUUGCUGGUGAUACCCGUGUUUCUACUGCGCUACUAUGCAGGUACUGGUGGCCUGAAUCUUCCCUAGUACUACCACAAAUCACUGGUUACUCGUACACACGCCCUCUUGUACUGUGUAACCUCAAAUAUAUACUUGUAAAUCGAAGUGGU